GCUCUCACCCCUCAUCAAUAUCACCCCAUCUCCAGCAACACUACAAGACAUAUUCUCUUGGACUAAGGAAUCAAACAAGAAUGGUGUCCGCCGGGAUGCAGAUGCUGGGCACGGCCCUGGCCAUCAUAGGCUGGGUCAUGGCCAUCGUGGUAUGCGCUCUUCCCAUGUGGAAGGUCACGGCCUUCAUCGGGCAGAACAUUGUGACGGCGCAGACCACCUGGGAGGGAAUCUGGAUGAGCUGUGUGGUUCAGAGCACCGGGCAGAUGCAGUGUAAGGUCUACGACUCCAUGCUGGCCCUCACCUCGGACCUGCAGGCUGCUCGGGCCCUCUGCGUCAUCUGUAUUUUGGUUGGACUGGUGGGAAUCCUGCUGGCCAUGGCUGGUGGAAAGUGCACCAACUGCGUUGAGGACGAAAGCGCCAAGGCCAAGGUUGGCAUCGCGUCCGGCGUCGUCUUCAUCAUCUCUGGCUUGAUGUGUCUCAUUCCAGUCUGCUGGACGGCCAAUGCCAUCAUCCGGGACUUCUACAACCCAGUGGUCAUUAGCUCACAGAAGAUGGAGCUCGGAGCUUCUCUGUACAUCGGUUGGGCCGCAGCCGGAUUGAUGAUCAUCGGAGGAGCCUUGCUCUGCUGUAACUGCCCACCCAAGGACAACUACGCGGCCACGUAUUCGGCAGCCAAGUCAGGACCCAAGGGGUACGUGUGAGAAGAUGCUCGGAGUUCGGACUUCAUGUGGUUAUCAUGGUACGCUGUAUAUUGGUCAGCUGCUACGUGUUCUGCUGUGUUGUAUCAUAAGGUGCCAAGCAAAGAAUGGCCUAACGGGCUGUAACAGGGAGGCAGAGUUGGCCAAAAUUUGGUGUGACACUUUUUCGUUUACAUUUACUUUUGUUAUACAUACAUACAUACAUUGAUUUUCAAUGCUGUAAUGUGUCUUUAGAUUGUGAAUAUUCAUUGAAAGCAGCAUUUCAAAUGUGCAUGAAGCUGUAUUUUAAUCAGAAUAUCAUAACAUACAUAACAUUUCUUUUUGACAUUGUAUAUUUUUUUAAUGUGGUGCAAAUUAUUUGUUCCUCUGCUGUGUUUGACUGUAAAUAAAUGUUUUUUUAAAAGUAAAACACUAAAGUGGUUUCAAAAUGCUGAUGAGAACUUUUAUAUGCAAAGAGUACUGCAAACCAUAUGUUUUGUAAUAGAGCUGGUGAUGUAGACACUUUUUUAUUUGAAUUUUUAAUAGUAAAGGAAGAGGUCACUCUGAACAUCAGUGGAAAUAAAGCAGAUCUCAUGUGUUAAUAAAAGA